UGCUUCAGCAUCAGCAUCCUCGGAGCCGACUCUUCUGAUCUCCCGGUGGAUUUACACCGAUCCACAUGAGAAGCGGACUGAUGUGUAGGUCCUCAGUAGAGAGUUGUCGAACUUCUUCUUUGGAUUGAAUGUGUUUUUCAGAAGAACGUGGUACAACGGACCACUAAGGAUCACUUUUAAAUAGUUCCUUGGCUACUUCAGCCGCUACCAUUGACGAGUGGUUUCAAUCCUAACCUGGCUCGGAUCGGAAUUAUUGCAUGGUCCUGAGACAGACGCAGCAGAGCGCGGAUCUAGUCCUCCCGGCUAGGACGUUUCUCCUCCGGGUCUCCGUGAUGCUGCUCCUCCGGUUGGCUUGGGCUCUGACUGCCGCUGUGGUCGGCUUCCUGCUUCUGCACAACCACCUGCUAAGAGAAGGUCGGCUGGUGGCAGGAACCUGUGAGAUUAUAACUCUGGACCGAGACAGCAGCCAGCCCCGGAGGACUAUUGCCCGUCAGACAGCCCGCUGUGCCUGUAGGAAAGGACAGAUUGCUGGGACGACACGAACCAAACCGACCUGUGUUGAUGUUCAUAUCAUCAGUAGUCGACAGUGGUGCGAGAUGGCUCCAUGUUUGGAUGAUGAGAGUUGCAACCUCCUGGUCAAUCAGUCAGGCUGGACCUGUACACAACCAGGAGGCAGAGUGAAGACUACCACGGUUUCCUGACAGUGACAAGGAGGACAGCAAAGAAUGGUCUGUGAUGUUGAUUGGUUGCCCUUCCCUUGAGAAGAAACCGGUGCCAGUUGAGGUUAAUUCCUGCAGACUAAUUGUGAGCCACCAUCAGAGCCAAGGAGCAAGGUGUCUGGACUUCUGUUUCAUGCUUGGUUGAAUUAUGGUGUCUACAGCCCGGAGGAAACAGUGACUUUAUUUCAUUUACCAGGAGAUUUGAUGAAGUCCAAUGAAUGGAUUUUUUUCUUUGUCGUGUCAAAAAAUGACCAGAAGCAGUGAUGAGACAUUUAUAGAGUUAUUAGAGAAAGGAGAACAUUGUGAAAGCAAAGAAAAGAUGUAAUUUAGUAAAUUGCCCACACAGUCUGGUUCCCAUGACAUUUUAUACUGCUAUGUGCUCUAGAUUCUUGCGGUCUUAGAGAAACACAGACUACGCGCAAGCACAGAGGAGCAUGCUUUAUUCACAGUCAACUGAUAAAUGACAAACAACUGUGGUGAUUUUUUUAAAGUAUAAUCUGAGCUGCAAAUCUGAAUUUAUGGCAGAUUAUGUCGAAAUGUUGACAGUAAGACUCUUAUACAUGCAAACAUCCCCACCAGCGUCUGGUUAAAGGUUACUUAGCAAGUUGUUCAGAAAUCACAUGCUUUUUGAAAACUACAGUGAGCUUUUGGCCUCAUUCAGAUGGAAUGUGUGAUACACCAAUCAGAAUUAGUGAAUCUGAUUUUCAAACAUGGACAUGAUUUUUAACCAUAGUCCAUAUAAAUCUCUUGGGUUGAGGUCAAGACCAGUCCAGAAGCUCAAGGUCACCCUCUUCUAUCCAUUCCAAACUCAGUUUGGAUAUGUGUUUGUAAUCAUUGUCCUGUUAGAACAACCACCUGUGUCCAGGUUUUAACCAUCUAUGAGGAGAAUUUGAGGGGAAAUUCAAAAACUUAGAGGUAGUCCAUUUUAAUUAUGCCCUCUACUGCAAUACACCAGUAUCACUGGCAACAAAACAAAUCCUCAACAAGAUGUGACCACCAGGCUUGAGAGUUGGUAGUGUUCAUAGUUUUAAAGGCCUGACCUUGACUCCUCUAAACAUUCUUCUUGUCAUCCUGGAAAAAUAUCAAAUCUUGUCUCAUCUGACUCUUACACUUUUUUUCUCCAAAUAAAAUCAGGGAGUUGCAAAAUUAAUUCAAACCUGAAAAUGUCAGUUAUGGAGCAGACACUUCUUUCUUGGACCAAUCCCUCUCAGUUGAUGUUAAACCAGCUUCAGUGUGGACAAUGAAAUCGCCGUUCCAGUAACUUGUGUUAAACCUUGGGCACAAGCUGAUUGCUAACAGGAUAUAGAUCCAAAACUCAUGACAAAACUGACUUGGAACCAUUAAAGCAGACUGACAUUGAGCUACCAGAAUGACUCUGACCACAACCGUGCUGAAAAUUAAUGAACUAUCCCUAAAACCUGAAUACUUGACAGGAAACCAACUAGUUUUAAUGAACCUGUCUGAUUCAUGGGGAGUGCUGACCUAGUGGUUAGAGCAGGUCGCUUGCGUCUUAGGAAGGCUGCAAGUUACCCAUUCCAAUCCCACCGUCUCUUACUCUGGGUUCCUGAGCAAGACCCUUAGCUCCAGAAUGCUCCCCGGGAGCUGCAAAGUGACAGCCCAUUGCUUCCUACGGGAUGGGUUAAAUACAGAGGACUGAUUUUUUUUAAAUAAAUGUUGGAAUGAAGGAAAAAAAGAUGAUUAUGUUACUGGCUUAAUUCUGAUGAUGUAGUCAAAUAUCUAGCCAAACCUCUGGCAGAAGCCAGUUGAGGGCUGACAUAAAGUUUGUGUGAUUUAUGUAUCAGGUUGACAAAUCAAAUCCAUAUUAAGGUUUAUAACUGCAUUAAGAUCUGGAACCAUAUAAUAAUUCCUUACAUAACAAAAAAGGGUUUACAAUGCUCAGAAACAAGUUUAAAAGGCUUUUAAUAGAUUUUUCGUCAAAAUUUUACUUCACAAAGGUCCGGCUGUGAAAGAAUGGACUGAAUCAGAACGUGUUCAUGAUUAAACACGUAUCUGUAUGAUGACAAAUGAAGCUCUUUGUUUCAGCUGGGCUAUUCAAGCCGACUGGGAUAUAUAACAUCACAGUGACGAUGCCUGGUUUCAUGAAUGAACAGAGGUAGCCCAACAUAUCAGAGCCACUGAUAAAUAUUCCAAUAUUUUUCUUUUUGUUUUCCUUAAAACUGUGGUUGAGAUCCUAAGGAUGGUGAGACCCUGGAUGUGUUUGUGAGGAAUACAGCAUAGACAUCAUAGAACAUCACGGAGCAAAAAGCUCUAACUGAUCUGAGGCUGUGUGAAGCUGAGCAGAUCUGUAAACAAAAUGCAUGUGGGUCACUUAAACUGUCUGCACCACCAGAUGUCUAGAGGGACACAGAGAUAAAGAAGGUAUCGCUGCAGGCAGCUCCUCUCUCUUCAACUCACUAUUAGUACAUAAAUAUUUCAGAAACAAUGAAACUGGUAAAGUUUGUAUCCUGACUUAAGAGCUUAACACAAAAAAUAGCAUGUAAUAUCAGCUAUUGGCUACGCUGAUGUUUUAAUAUUGAUGUUGGCCUUUAAAAAAGCAAUAUUAUUUGUUGGCCAAGGAUUUAACCUAUCAUAUAAGUUAAAUCUUUGGUCAACAGACCACACUCCUUAAUUAGAAGUGUUUUAUUUUGGGGUAAAAUCAAGGUCUGAGCUGAGUAAAUCAAGAUUGUUUAUGCCAUUGCUUUCAAAAAGUCACAGUCACAGAGUUUUCUGUUUUAUUUUUGAAAACCGAAAAGAUUCAUCAUAACUUUGUCAUAACUGGUAGAAAUGCAGUCGGCUGGUUGAAUUUUAAUAAAUUAAACAGUUUGACACCAAAUGCUAAGCUAUUGUUUCUAUAUGAGCAAUUUACGUCUGUGUCCAAGUAUAAAGGUCUCUAUCCAAAAAAUCUACAAAUUGUAACUCUAACAAAGUAAAGCUAUUACUGUUCAAUGAUUCUUACACAAGGUUUGUUUUGUUCUUUUUUCUUGGCAGGGAAUAAUUAUGGGUUUACUUUUUAAUGAUAUUUAAUUAACUUUCUGUGUCUGAUAUGCAUUAGUUUUUAUAUAAAUAGAAUUAUGUUUUUCUC